UCAGCUGGGCGCGGGGCGAGCGCGCGGCGGCGACGGGGCGCCGUUAGUAGAGGGAGCGGUGGCGGCAGCAGCGGAGCGGGUAGAAGUUUUUCCCCGCUGAGCCCUCCCGCAGCCCGGGGCCGCCUUAGGUAGGCUCGGAAGUCCCCGUGCGUGCUGGUUUUGCUUUCCGAAACGCGUGUUCUUGUGGGAGCCCCGGCGACACGAAGACCACCCCCAUCCCCGCCGGAGCCGCUCACGACCCCCUUCCUCCGAGCCCCGGAACUCGGCGGGCCGCGGGCGGGCGGGUGCUGGCCGGCAGCCCUGCAGGUCCUGUGAAGCACUAGAUGUAAUUUGAAGAAAAUUUGAAGGAACAAAUGGCUUUAGCUGGCUGCCCAGACUCCUUUUUACAUCUUCCUUAUCGGAUAGACAAUGUAGAUCAGACUUCAGCUCAUGGUCGGCGGGAUCUGGUGGAGCCAGGUUUCCAGGAACCAUCUAAUCGCAUGUCCCUAAAUCACCAAGAUGACGACGUGGACCUAGAAGCUUUGGUAAAUGACAUGAAUUCAUCAUUUGAAAGUUUGUACUCGACGUGCAGUAUGCAGUCAGAAACCACUCCGCUCCUUCAGAAUGGCCAGUUUAACCGCAGCCCACUGCCCAGCUCAGGAUCCAGCGCCCUGCAGCCCACAUCUCCCAGGCAGAAAGUGCAGCGGUCUCAGCCCGUGCGCAUUAUGGCAGUCAGGCGUCUACAAGAAGAAGAACAGCAAUUCAGAACAUCAUCGUUGCCAGCCAUACCAAAUCCAUUUCCAGAACUCUGUAGUCCCGCAAGCUCUCCCGUGCUGGCCCCUGGAUCUUUACCUCAGAGUCAACCUGCUAAUAAACAUGAACAGGCUUAUCAUGUUUCAGAAGGCAUUGUCAGGCAUACUGAAGAAUGCUCAGCUGUCAUGCAAGAACCGGGCAUGAAGAAACUGCUUCAGGAUGUAAAAGUCUUUAGUGAAGAUGGAACGAGCAAAGUGGUCGAGAUUCUAGCAGACAUGACAGCCAGGGACCUCUGCCAGCUGCUGGUUUACAAAAGUCAUUGUGUGGAUGAUAACAGCUGGACUCUAGUGGAGCAUCACCCUCACCUAGGAUUAGAGAGAUGCUUGGAAGAUCACGAGCUCAUAGUUCAAGUUGAGUCCACAAUGGGAAGUGAAAGCAAAUUUUUGUUCAGGAAGAAUUACGCAAAAUAUGAGUUUUUCAAAAAUCCCAUGAAUUUCUUUCCAGAGCAAAUGGUUGCCUGGUGCCAACAAACAAAUGGCAGUAUUCCACAGUCACAACUUCUGCAGAACUUUCUAAACUCCAGUAGCUGUCCUGAAAUACAAGGUUUCUUGCACGUGAAAGAGCUGGGUAGGAAAUCAUGGAAGAAAUUGUAUGUGUGUUUGAGGAGGUCAGGACUUUAUUGUUCUACAAAAGGAACUUCAAAGGAGCCAAGACAUUUGCAAUUGUUGGCUGACCUAGAAGACAGCAAUAUCUUCUCAUUGAUAGCAGGCAAGAAGUUGUACAAUGCACCUGCAGAGUAUGGAUUUUGUAUAAAGCCCAACAGAGUAAGAAAUGAAACGAAGGAACUGAGGUUGCUGUGUGCUGAAGAUGAGCAAAGUAGGACAUGCUGGAUGACUGCCUUUCGACUCCUCAAGUAUGGAAUGCUGCUGUAUCAGAAUUACAGAAUACCCCAGCAGAGAAAAGCCAUGCUUCCACACUUUUCCACUCCAGUUAGAAGUGUAUCUGAAAACUCACUAGUAGCAAUGGAUUUUUCGGGGCAAAUAGGAAGAGUUAUUGAAAAUCCUGUUGAAGCACAGAGUGCUGCCAUGGAAGAAGGACAUGCUUGGAGGAAACGUAGCACAAGAAUGAACAUCUUGGGUAGCCAAAGUCCACUCCACCCUUCCACACUGAGUACAGUUAUUCAUAGGACACAGCAUUGGUUUCAUGGCAGAAUCUCCAGAGAAGAAUCUCACAGGAUUAUUAAGCAACAAGGGCUAGUAGAUGGGCUAUUUCUUCUCCGGGACAGCCAAAGCAAUCCAAAGGCAUUUGUACUUACACUUUGCCAUCAUCAAAAAAUAAAGCAUUUUCAAAUCUUGCCGUGCGAGGAUGAUGGACAGAUAUUUUUCAGCCUGGAUGAUGGGAACACCAAAUUCAGUGAUCUAAUCCAGCUUGUUGAAUUCUAUCAACUAAACAAAGGAGUCUUGCCCUGCAAACUCAAACACCACUGCAUCCGAGUGGCCUUAUGACCUCAAAUUUGACUCUCACUGAAGACUGGAUUUGCUAGAAGAGUAAUUGUAAGAGAACGUUGAUACUGGGGAAUUGGCAGAUUUGUAAGUUGGUAAAAAUAAAUAAAAAUAUUAUGCACCUUGGGACUCUGAAAGGGAUGGAUUCAACAGGUGCCAACAGACCGACAUUACUGGUUUGUCUAACACCUAAGAGUGAUUGCUGCUGAGUGUCCCAGCAUCCCAAAAAAUGGGGGUGGGGUGGGGGAGGGUUCGUAAAACUAUUAGUAAAUUUGAAACAAAACUGGAAACUAUCUUGGCUGGGCCACUUAACAGGAACAAGUGUGAAGAUAAAUCUUUGAAAAGAACUCUUGCCCUGGAAUAAUCUUGACAAUUAAGACUAGUGUGUUUACUUUUUGUAUUGAUCACUUUUUUUGCACUCCUACUUUGUUUUGGAUAUUGUAUGCAGCCUAUAUUAGGAGCUGAUGUGGCUUUUAAAAUUCAUGCAGGAGUUGGGUAUUAAUCUGCACCCUAAAAUGUAUGGAAUGCUUCAGCCUAAACGGAUCUAGAAGAAAAUCAAGAAGUGUGCGUGUCAUGUGUCUGUAUGUGUGUGUGUGCGUGUGUGCAUCUCAAAACUUCUCUGGAGACCUGAGGUUCCGUGAUCUGCAGAAGUCUUUGAAGAAGCAAUGAGGAUACAAUUCUAACAGAACAUACCACCAUGUGUGUACUCUCAAAACUGUUGACUUGUAGCAUUAUGGCUGUAGUAUGUUGUGGCAUAUUAGUGGCAUCCAGUCAUGCGAAGACUGUAUUAGAUUCUAUGCACAAACUUUUAUUAUUGAAGUGGUUUGUUUUUUACAGCCUUUUGACUGUUUUCCUGAGGAAACCUACUGUUACUAAACAGAGUAGGACUGAAUGACAGUUGUAUCUGAAACCACCCUUUGUUUUUUUUGUGAGAAGAUUCUUCUACAGGUAGUCUUAGUUAGAGAAAACAAAAGCAAACAAAUAGCAACAACAAAAAAGAAACAACAGUGUUUUUAGCUUUAUAGCUCCUUGAAUUUUCAGACUGUUUCAAAGAGCUGUUUCCGUAUUGUAAAGCUACCAUGACACAAAGCUCUUUUGGGGAAUAGGGCAUAGAAGUAUCUCCCUUCUGCUUUUGGAAUGGCCAUGAAAGUUUGCAUGGUGAGAAAGAACAUACUGGGAAUGGAAACUCAUUUCAUUGGGAUUUGCAAUUGUGAACCAGCUGCUGGCAAUGCCAUCCAUGGAGGUAACUGGUGAUUCCUGUGUUGUACACACUAAUGCACACCAGUACCUACUGCAGACAAGCAUAUAUCCUGCUCUGGUGCUGGUUUGUCAUCAGAAUCACCUUUUUGUUAAUGCUUAAAUCAAUUAUUUAAUGUUUACACAAUGAUUCUUUCUGAUGAUAAAUCAGUACUAAAAUUAAACGAGUCCCUUUUUAACUCCCUGAAUUGCAAAUAACAUCCUUUGAACAACACAGUCCGUGCAGGAGCUGUUACUGGAUUAGCUUUCCAACACUUCAUGCGGUUAUCCAUAGUAUGAAAUGGAACCUUCAGAACGUAUCGCAGAAGGGAGCAUUCUUGAGAUGGUGAACAAUUUACACAGACCCGUUCAUCCUUACUAAUGUUUGCCACUGGGUUUGAAAUCCUGGCCAUCGGAAAUGGUAGACAAGGAAGAGAAUUCCACACCUUUAGGUCUUCAUGUAGUGUUGAGAAUAGCUUAAGACAAACCAUAACCUGCCUGAGUUGUCCAUAUCAGCUUAUAACUAUGUCAAUGGUAUAGAAACACUGUAUUUUAGUUUACAGAACACAUUUAGUAUUUUUUUUUCCAUUUAAUGUCUAGAUAUACAAAUGAAGAAACUUGAUUUUGUUUUUAGUAGAAACCUUUUUUUGUUUUGUUUUUUUUUAUAUUAAUUGUACAUAGUGAAACGAGUGUUCCUGCUUUCUAGACAAUGUAUUUUAAAACCUUGAAAUUAAGCUAACUUAAGUCUGACUUCACUUUGCAUGCUUCUAUUUGGCCCCUCUUAGGAGAAAAACGAUACUUGUAUUGACUACAUUACCAGUUUAAUAAGACCAUUUAUGCUGUAGUUUUAAGUUUUUCUGUUUACAUAGCUUAGUGACAGCCAUGCAUUUUUCCCAGUAGGCGGAUAGUACUUGCAGUGUUUCAUAUUUAUAAAAAAAAAAAAAAAAAAAGAAUAGAAAAAGAAAAAAAGAAAAACUUGCAUCUUAUUUAAAUUGAGAAUAAAAGUUUGACUAUGAAUCAUGAUUUUUGUAUGUAGAUGGUUGACUUAGUAUUUUGUACUUUUCCCAGCUAAAAAUGAGCUGUUUUGAGAAGGUGAUCGCCUUCAAAGUGGCAACAAUCUUACUUAAGCAGAUCACUGCUUUGUCUUCUUUCUGCUGGAAAACAGCCGAUACCACCUUAGUUUUCCAGCAGAUUCAGCUGGCUGCCAGCUCAGAAUACCAAGGACUGAAGGACAUUUGACUCUUAUUUUUGUAUUUAAAUGACAUGAAUGUAAAGGGGAUGCUCAGGGUUGUUUUGGAGCCUGUUGAAUUUUUAUCUUUUUGCCUGUGAUUUUAUUUUCUAAAUAAAUACUUCAUGUAGCAAUCUUGAAUAUGUUGAGAAGGAAAAUGCCAAACCAUUUUGGUAAUGAGGUUACUAGUUAAGUUAUGUUAUGAUAGGUGUUAAAAGUACAAGAAAACUUUUUAUUUGUUAAUUAAUCUUGAAGAAACACGUGCCUCAGUUUAGAUGUUUUGUCUUAUCUUUUCUGCACUAAAUACCUGACAGUUUGACCAAUCAAUGCACCUUUCCAGUGGCAAGACUUGCUUAUCGUAAAUUAUAUUGUCACAAUGCAAGAUUUAGUGACUGUAAAAUGGAAUAAAGUUUAAAGUUUCAGGGAAUGCAAAAGGUAUUAACUUAAGAGACAAAACCUUUAUUCAAUAUGCUUUGCUUCAUACUGUAAAUAGCUUUUUGGCUUGUGAACCUAAUUGUAAUCUUUCAGGUAUUUUUGUACAAAUAAGGGACUGAUAUUCUGUUUCUUGUAAUUAGAAAUAAACGUUAAUACAAUGCUAUUCAUUUUA